AAUAGUUGUAUGAAUUAACCUGUACUUUUGAACGAUUCUGAUUUAUGAGGAGACAAGUAUCGUUGUUUUUGUAUCUGGCUACUCUAAUAUUGAUGAUACUAAGUAGUGGCGGAUGUGCAGCGGCAUUUGCAUUCUCAGAAUCAGAUUUCGUGUAUCGUGAUGAUGAGAAUCCAAUUAUGGGUAUGGACCCUGCUUUACAAGGAAUGAAGCAGCAUUACCGACCUUUAAAUAAGCCUCGUGCCGAAAAACGCUACUACUGUGGAGUGAACAUUGAUUGUUCCUCUAAGCAUAAUGGUGUCGAGACAAAACAAGGAGCUCGCAUCAAGAAAUAUUAGCUGUUAUUUUUUGUCAGUUAGACUGAGUGUUUUCUUUAUUAACAAUUUCCAAAUUCUUCUUUUUUUUUAUUUUGAUUUUAAGUUAGCAGUGGAGUGUCGACUCACUGGAAAGAGGGAGUACGAUAAGUACACUGCAUCAAUGACCUAAAGCUUCGGUGUUUCGCCAAACAUAAUCAUACAGAAAAUGAUAAACAGCAAUCAAGAAACCAACGAGGCUUGAAAAAAACCUCACUUCAAAAACAAAUGACAAAGUUCAUUUGUAAUGCGUUGUUCAUUCAUCAGCGCUCGGACCACAUUUCGAAAAGCUGCAUUUCCGCCUUGGCUCUUCAUCCCCUUUCCCGCCAACACGACUUGGCUCUCAGGGAACGUUUUGCGAAUCAGAUUCUGCACGCUUUUCCGCUUCACUUCGCACUCCAAAUCAGUUUUAUUGAGAAUCACUUGCACCGGAAUAUCGCUCUUCUUUCGAUUCACUAGUUCCGGAAUAUAAAACGUUUCAAGGCCUUUGUGAAGGGAACCAAAGAGAGAUCAAACACAACUCUGUGAAUAUCAGGAUAUUUUCAAGUCCCUGAGGAUUUGAACCAUCAACAACAAACACGACGCCAUUCACGGCUUCAAGAUAUGCAGACAGAACGGGACGUAAGCGGGCUUGUCCCGAAAAAUCGCAGAAAAUGAUGCGAUAACAAAUCCCGUCCUUGACCAACAGUUUUUCGUAGUAAUCCACACUAGAAAUAAAAGCAAUUAAUAACAAAAGAAAACCCAUUCGUGGCUAGGAGGGAAGGACUUUCGCUCUUCUGCAGGUAGAUUUGUAACAAAGAAGUCUUUCCGGCGCCUAAAAUCAAAUGGGAAGCAAUAAAAAAUACCAACAUCCCCCAACACAGCAACACGAAAGGUACGAUAUUCUGAAUACUGCUUUCCAUUCACUUCAAAGGGUAUUGUGUCGUAUUGAUAUUCAAAAACCUCCUGAAAAUAACACAAAAACAGAAGAACAACCUCAGCAUUGCGUUCCUCUUGCGUAUCUUGUACUUUUAAUAAGUUGGGGACCCAAGAUGGAGCCUCGUACUGAAAACGAGGGAUUGUUUUGAGGAUUUGACAAGAAUGAGAAUACAGGGCUUGUUCCGGUGUUUGUUCAAACCCAGACUUUCCUCUGCCUUGGCUUCCGUAGUCAAUACUUUGUGAUCGUCUUCUGCCAUAACGACUGUUUCUUGCUUCCAUGAUAUCCUUCUCUGUUAGCAUUGGAAUGUCCUCCCUAAUUCAAAAGAAGGUGGCAAUUAUACUCCGCAUUGGAUUCAGCCAGUUCCUCCUCACUAGACUCUGAGGACGUAGAUGAAACGGAUUCCUCUUGGUUUCCUAAGGCUAACUCUCUUUCAAACUCGGUUGGAUCAAAAUCCAGAAGAUCCUACAAAUGAGCUACUUUCCUUGGAAGGCACAUCUGCGAUAUCAAAUCCAUCCCGUGCCAUAAAAAGAUGCGCUCAAAAUAAUCCAAAUCCAAAAAA